GCCGUAUUAAUUACGGCUAUCUGGAAAUUUUGUUAUAACUAUGGUGCUAUAAAUAAGAACUUUUAUUUUUCAAAGCUUCUCGUCUGUAAAAUUAUAAAAUUAUUUACAUUCGUAAGAAAAAAACAAAGUGUUGUUUCCUAUUGAAAUUUUACUAGUUUUGUUUAUAAAAAUGUAAAUAGUUAAUUUGAUAUCUGGUUUGAGGUUUGACGUUUCCUUCAAAUUCUCAGCUUACUAACAUUAAUGAAUUAUUAUCAAGUCUUGUUAACCUGUUCUAAGACAAAGGUUUACUUUACAAAUGUUAUAAUAUUCAGUGAUAAACAACUACCUAUUUUUAUAAUAACAGCUUAAUAGACGAUUUCCGUAAUAGAACCACCAUGUCGAACGCCAAAGAAAACCUUCUGCUCUUCUUUGACCGCCCCACCGAGCCCUGCUUUAUGCAGAAAGGCGAAGAAAAGGCUACCUUCGAUUUGCCUGCUAACUACUACCCCGAUAAAUACAAGUCUGCGAGUGCGGCUUUGGCCAAUCGCUUUGGUUCAGAGUCCAAUCGACGUAUUCCAGUAAGAAACAUAGCACUGCCCAACCUCUCCUUGCCCAUGGAACUGCCUUACAACGACCAGUUCUCACUCUUCGUUCCUAAGCAUAGGCAGAUGGCUGGCAAACUCAUUGAUAUUUUUAUGAGUAUGCGUAACGUUGAAGACCUCAUGUCCAUAUGCUCGUACUGUCAAAUGAGAAUAAAUCCUUACAUGUUCAACUACUGCCUCUCAGUCGCCAUAUUGCACAGGGAUGAUACCAAGGGCCUGAACAUACCAACCUUCGCGGAGACCUUCCCCGAUAAGUUCAUGGACCCGCGUGUCUUCAGAAAAGCCCGUGAGGUCAGCACCGUUGUGCAGCCUGGAAACAGACUGCCGGUAGUGAUCCCACAGAACUACACCGCAGCUGAGUUUGAGCCGGAACAGCGAGUGGCGUACUUCCGAGAGGAUAUCGGCCUGAACCUACACCACUGGCACUGGCAUCUUGUUUACCCUUUUGAUGCAGCAGACAGAAGCAUUGUCAACAAGGACCGCAGGGGGGAGCUGUUCUACUAUAUGCAUCAGCAGAUUGUUGCAAGGUAUAGCGUGGAGCGCAUGUGCAAUGAUCUAUCUCGCCCAAAACGCUACAGUGACUUUCGUGAGCCCAUCACUGAAGGAUACUUCCCCAAACUGGAUUCGCAGGUCGCUAGUAGAGCGUGGCCGCCGCGUUUCGCUGGUUCAAAAAUUCGUGACCUUGACCGUCCAGUGGACUUGAUCGCAGCGGAUGUGUCCCAGUUAGAGACGUGGAGGGAUAGGUUUCUACAAGCCAUUGAGGAUAUGGCCGUUUUACUACCAAACGGUCGUAAAAUGACUUUGGACGAGGACACUGGGAUUGACGUUCUUGGUAACCUGAUGGAGUCAUCCAUUAUCAGUCGCAACCGAGCGUUUUAUGGGGACUUUCACAAUAUGGGACACGUGUUCAUCAGUUAUUCCCAUGAUCCAGACCAUAGGAAUCUGGAACAAUUUGGAGUGAUGGGCGACUCAGCAACAGCUAUGCGUGAUCCUGUAUUCUAUCGCUGGCACGCGUACAUCGAUGACAUCUUCCAGCUCUACAAGAACAAGCUAGCACCAUAUCCCAAUGACAGGCUUGAUUUUCCCGGUAUCCAAGUGCUAUCCGUUAGUACUUCGUCGGGCGCGGGACCGGACCGACUAUUAACGCAAUGGGAACAGAGCACAAUGGAGCUAGGGCGAGGUUUAGAUUUUACACCACGUGGCUCGGUUCUCGCAACUUUCACACAUCUACAACAUGACGAGUUUAAUUAUAUCAUCGAGGUUAAUAACACAAGUGGGGCGGGCGUAAUGGGUACGGUGCGUUUGUUCAUGGCGCCUGUCGUCGAUGAAAAUGGAACUCCCCUGACCUUCGACGAACAGCGGAAGCUGAUGAUGGAGUUAGACAAAUUCACACACGCCAUGCCAUCUGGUUCGUCAACCAUCCGUCGCUCGAGCACUCAGUCAUCUGUUACCAUCCCAUACGAGCGUACUUUCCGCUCUCAGGGUUCUCGGCCAGGCGAUCCUGGUUCUGAAGAGGCGGCCGAGUUCGACUUCUGCGGCUGCGGCUGGCCGCACCACUUGCUACUGCCGAAAGGAACCACAAGGGGGUACCCAGUUGUACUAUUCUGUAUGAUCUCCAACUGGAAUAACGACGGAGUAGCUCAAGACCUAGUGGGUAAAUGUAAUGAUGCAGCUUCGUAUUGUGGUAUCCGUGACCGCAAGUACCCAGACCGCCGUGCCAUGGGCUUUCCCUUCGAUCGUCCUUCCCCUGCCAGCUUGCUUCAGGAUUUCCUUACUCCUAAUAUGGCCACCAAACCCUGUACCAUCCUUUUCAGUGACAACGUUAGGGUCCGUUCCGCGCGAUAAGGAACACGUGUUACAUUAGAAAAUAUAUAUACUGGUACCUUCAAUACAAUUUGAAUGCAUCCCAUAUGGUCCCACGAUUCAUCUCAACCAGGAAAUGAAUUAAGAUCAUGCAUUGACAGUUGAUAAUAAUCCUUUAAUCAGAAAAUACAAUGACCUGCGAGAACAAAUAAAGUAGUGCAUCGGUUAUGGGCCAAAUGAUUAAUGCGGGCAGUAUUCAUUAUGACCAGACAAUAUGAAUAAUGCCCGGGCAAUGUGAUAAAUUGAUUGAUUAUAACCACAUUGCUCGCUCUUAUUGGAUAUUAUUCAUAUUGCCCGGAGAUUAUGAAUAAUGCCCGAUUAAUCAUUUGGUCCAUAAAAUAUCUGUUAAAAUGUAAUAGAAUAUAAGUGACAAAAUAUAUAUUGGCGCCAUCUAUGAGAAUGUUUGUGUCAACAUAAUGUGUUUUGUUUUUAUCUGUGGUUUCUUUAUAAUAGUAAAAAAUAAAAGUUCAGUCUGUUGCGAAACU